AUGCAACUUCUUACCUUGGCUAUAAUAUUCUUCACUGGACUCAUUAUUUUCUACUAUAAACUAAUCUAUGAAGCUGUUCGAGACCGUCUUCGCAUCUAUCACUACCUUCGGAAAUUCGAAGGUCCCUUGGCUUUUCCUCUUGUAGGAAAUUUGUACAUGGUCAACAUAUUCAACAUUUCUCAACUCACUGUAAAAGUUAUGCAACUUGCUGUAUUCUAUUGUAACAAGGGAUGUGGUAUUGUAAGGCUGUGGGUUGGUCCGGUCCCUAUGUUGGCUGUUGUGAAUCCAGCGUAUGCGAAAGAGAUUCUGGAGUCGACGGAGGUGAUCACGAAGGCAAAUGAAUAUGAUAUUCUGUUUCCGUGGCUUGGAACUGGAUUAUUAACAUCAACAGGAGACAAAUGGCGCCAACGUCGGAAAAUGCUCACUCCGGCCUUUCAUUUCAAAGUGCUCAACGAUUUCUUGUGUGUUCAUGACUAUCAAGCAAAAGUCUUCCUUGAACAAUUGAAACCUCACGCUGAGAGUGGAAAAGAAGUUGACUUAUUUCCAUUUAUCAAACGAAUGGCGCUCGAUAUCAUUUGUGAAACAUCAAUGGGUGCUACUGUGAAUGCUCAAAACAACCAUGACCAUCCUUACGUGAAAUCCGUCCAUCGACUAAGUGAAAUUGCGUUUCUUUGGAUUAUUUACCCCUGGCUGAAACUAAAACCGUUAUGGUAUCUCACUGGAUACGGAUCCGAAUAUGAUCGUCACUUGAAAGUUGUCACUGAUUUCACAAAGAAUGUAAUUGAGGAAAAAUGGGAGGAAUAUCAACAGUUUCAGUUAGGAGCUGAGAAAAAAGACAAGAGAAGUAUGGCUUUUCUUGAUUUGUUACUUCAGUUGAGAAGUGAGGGAUUGAUGAAUGAAGAGGAUAUUCGAGAGGAAGUGGACACGUUCAUGUUUGAAGGUCACGACACCACAGCUGCAUCUAUUGGUUGGACGCUUUGGUGCCUCGCACAUAAUCCGGAAAUUCAGGAGAAGGUUAUUGAGGAAGUGGAUAGAAUAUUUGGAACAUCUGAUAGAGAUUGUACAAAUGAGGAUUUGAAACAGAUGAAAUAUUUGGAAAAAUGUCUGAAAGAAUCGUUGAGAAUGUUCCCAUCGGUACCAUUUUUUGGAAGGAGAGUGGAGAAAGAUACAGUUAUCAAUGGCGAUUUCUUCCCUAAAGGUGUCCGUAUAAUAGUGGUCCCUCUGAUCCUACAACGUAACCCACUUCUAUUCGAGAACCCAAACACUUACAACCCUGAAAACUUUUCCGAAGAGAAGAUUAGUACCCGGCAUGCCUAUGCAGAUGUUCCUUUCAGUGCUGGUCCUCGAAAUUGCAUCGGUCAGAAGUUCGCAAUGAUGGAAGAGAAAGCAGUGAUCUCUUGGCUCUUCCGAAAAUACAGAGUGACUGCCAGCAAAGAAUUCGAGGAUAAUAAAAUACUGCCCGAGUUGAUUAUGAAAAGUUCACUUGGAUUCCCAUUGACUGUUCAUAAUAGAAACGAUAACAAAUGA